CAAGCACACACACACACACACACACAUACGAAUGCACGCACGCACGCACACUCCCCCCACCCCGUCAUCUCUUGUGGGAACGAUCCCUGACUGCGGCGCAUUUGCUCGUGAGUCUGCCCGCUUCAGCUAGGCUGGCUCGCUGCUGACGCUAGCCUCCAGACUUGCCUGCCACCCGAUCUCGGGGGACAUGGCUGUGGACGUAACUGAAUACCAUCUUAGCGGUGAGUUAGACCAAUAAGAACACUCCACACGUGCCGUUUGGCACUCAUUUUGACUUUUGCUCAUACAAGUUGGCAGUUGAUGGUAUCCAAACAGCUGAUUCAGGAACGACUCCUACAUUGGUGUCCAGUCUGUUAAAAUAUAAUCAUUUGGGGUAAUAUUACUUGAUGCUCACCCUCCCCAGCACCUUCUGAUUCUUUUCUUGAAGAAAGAGUUCACAGCGUACACAGUUAUUAAGAGCCCUCCGGGCUGGGAGGUUGGGAUCUACGUCGCCGGGGCCCUUGCCUUGCUGGGGGUUGCUGCUGUGAACCUGUGGAAGCUCUGCAAAUCAGGCAGCUUCCCCAUCCCAUCUCCAUUCCCAAACUACGACUACCGGUACCUGCAGAAGAAGUACGGGCUCACCUAUUCGGAAGCCAGGCAGAAGAGAACAAUGGCUUGCAGUAGCCAAAAGAGCAGUGAGCAAGCAUCUCCUAGCCGCAAGGACAGCCUGCGGAUGGAUGACGCCUUUGAGAGUGUCAGCGAGCUAGGACCCCUUGAGCUGAUGAGCCGGGAGCUGGGCCUCCCCCCCGAUGGGACCCUCAAGAAAUCCCUGUCUGCCGAUUCACUCAGUUCCAUCUCUUCUGUGAACAACAACUUUGGCCAGGACUUUAUGCUGGGCCAAGUGGAAGUGAGCUUACAGUAUGAGCCCAGAAGACGCUCGCUGCUCGUGGUUGUGCUGCAGGGCAAGGACCUGCUGGAAAAGGAGGACCCUGCCUUUGACUCCUGCUUCCUGCGUGUCACCCUGGUGCCCGAGGACCAGAUUGUGGGCAUCACCCGGAUCCAGCGGACUGCGUACUCCAUUUUCUUUGACGAGAGGUUUAACAUCACCUUGAACGCCUCUGCCCUAGAGGAAAGCAGCUUGCGCUUCUGCGUCUACGGCAUCGAUGACGACGAUCGCAACGUCAUGACCGGGGUGGUCGACCUGAGACUGUCUGUCCUGGACCUGCCCCAUCAGCCCUUCUGUGGCUGGCUCUACAUGCAGGAUGUGAACAAGGUCUCAGACUCGGUGGGCGAAGUCUUGCUCUCCCUCAGCUACCUGCCCACGGCUGAGCGACUCACCGUGGUGGUGGUGAAGGCCAAGAACCUCGUCUGGACUAAUGGGAAGGCGACCGCAGAUCCCUACGUCAAGGUGUACCUGCUGCAGGACGGAAAGAAGAUAAGCAAGAAGAAGACAGCUGUGAAGAAGGAUGAUGCCAACCCCGUGUUCAACGAAGCCAUGAUCUUCUCAGUCCCUGCCAUUGUGCUUCAGGACCUGUCUCUGAGAGUGACCGUGGCCGAAUGCUGUGGCGACGGGCGGGCCGAGAACAUCGGCCACGUUCUCAUUGGCCCACUGACCAGCGGCAUGGGUAUCACCCACUGGAACCAGAUGCUGGCCACCCUGCGCAAGCCCGUGUCCAUGUGGCACCCUCUGCGGCACGCCUAGGAAGGCCCAGAUGUCAGAGGCCCCUGCCUGGGACCCUCUACCCACCCUGGGUUCCAGCACAGACUCUGCUCUCCCCUUACCCUUCUCCCCACACUCCCAGCUUUGUGAAAGUGGAACACAGCUCCAUCAACUCCAUCAGAUUAUGCCCUUCUUUGCUACACUUCCCUCCCCUGGGCUCCCCUGCACCCCCCACAAUGAGGCCUGAUCUGGUUACCACCAUUGCCUAUUUAACAAGAAGAAAGAGCAUCUCCACUUGCAUGGAGCUGAGAUGGCCUCUCCCCAGGCCCUGGGCACAAGGCUCAGCCCUCAGAAAGCUGGGCAAGGAGUGCCAAGGCUGAGCUGGAUGCUGAGGGCCAGCCCACAGGCAUUUCACUGCAAGCCUCGUAUGGGCUUCUCCCUGGUCUUGGAGUUGGGGCUGAAGUGACAGUGUAGGGUCCUACCUUCUCCCAAUCCUCCUUGAUGAAUGCUUUCACCUUCAUGGCCCCACUUGCUUUCUCUGAUGACAGGUCCUGCUUCUGCGGGAUGCCUGGGCUCUAGAACAGAGGAAAACACCCAAGAAUGAACACCUCUCCUACUUCCCUCACUCUCCAGAAGUUUGGAGUGCUUCGCUCAAAGCCACCCCAGGAGAAAGGAUGUGCAGGUCAUAUUACCCCAAUUUACAGAUAGGGAAACGGGCUUCGACAUGAGGAGGGGCUUGCCAAGCUUAUAUGACAAAGAAAGGAACUCGAGAAUAUUCUGCCUCUUGGCUGGGCCCCUUUAUCCAAGGGGAGAACCGCUGGCUAAUCAUUUAGCAAGCCCUACUGUGUGCUCAGUGCCAGUGCCAACAGGCAUGGGGUAGGCCAAAGAGUAAGUGACCCAGUGCCCUUCUGGGGGGGCUCACAGCUCCAGCUGGGGGCACACAAUGUGUGAGAUCCUGAACAACACUAGGAACCAGACAGCUUCCAAAUACUCCAGGGCUAAAGAGGAGAAAGGUUGGUGUAGACAGAAAUGGUCAAGGAAGACUUCUUGAAGGUCAGGAGGAAAUUUCCCACUUCCCUGGAGGAAGGCAGAGAAGUGGAUUUGUGUAGGGAUGGAAUGGGCUCUGUCGGGAAAGAGUGUUCUCUGCUGACUAUGUACAGGACAGGGAGUCUAAGACUGAGGCUGAGAAGGUAAAGGUGACUGCUGCCCACCCUAAGGCUGGUUAAAGCAGAUCCUCUCCAGAGAGCCCCGCAGGAAGGGUACCAUUCUCACUAUUAGUAAUAGCCAGUAGUCAGGGCUCAGUGACCAGGGGAACCUUCCCACUCAAGUUCCUGGCUCUUUCAGAAUGCACUGGCUCCCCCUACCAUGGUCCCAGCCCCAGGUCAGUCAUGAUUCUUUAGCUGGAAGCCCCCAAAGAUCCCAGGGCCUUCUGAAUUCCUUUCUGAUCAACAUUUCCAAGACUUCCCCUUAGCCCAGGUUGGGUGUACCACCUCCACUCCCCCCCAACCACACACACAACCCCCUCCCCAUUAAAAUAACUACCAUCUAAAAACAGCCACACCAUGUGACUCUUAAAAAAAAAAAAGGAAGCACUACAACACCAAACACUUCAGGGCAGCUCCAAGCACCUGGCUCUAGCCCAGCCAAACCUUAUUAAUUCAAGAUGGAGGCCAAUUUGACCUGAUCGUCCCUACUCCUCUCAGUUAGGCUGGGGAUGGGGCCAGAAGAGGACAAAAGGAAGAGAGCUUGAGAAUAGACAACCUACUGGGUGACCCUGGGGAAGCUAUUUCCCCUUUCUGGGUUUCCAGAUUGAGGGAAUUAGUAUCGAUGAUCUGGAAGGUACCUCCCAGAGCUAAUGAUCUAUGACUAAGUCACCUUGAGGUGGUCACUUAACUCUUCCUGAUCUGCCAAAUGGGGGAACUGGAUGAGUUGGUGCAGUCUAGCUAUUCACCUUACUCUCAGCUUGGGGUUAGGGGAGGGCAGGGCAGGUGAGAGAGGCACUCACCCCAGCCGACUGAAUGGUCCUUCUUUUAACAACUCCUUCUUGGUAACUCGGUGCUAAGCUCUUUUGCUACUGAAGGACUCUAAUUGGUGUCAGCAGCCCUCCAAAUGAGAGGCCCAAAAGUCCUUGUGGCCUCAGCCUAGUUGCAGCUCUGGCUCUAAGGAAAUACUUCCUGGCAAUGAGAGUUGGUCAUCUUUGGCCGGGUCACCUCAGCUGAGGCUGUGGCUUUCCAGUUCUAUCAUUUUGUGGUUCUCCAUCCUGUUCCCCAAUGCCAUGGUCCUUGUGGGUUUGAGGGAAGGGCUAAUGUGUUCCACCCCCCCCCCAACAUUUUGCUAAGCUGGAUGGAAGGGAACAGCAUCUCCUAACCUACUAAUUCCUGAAGAGCAGAGAGUUAACCCCUAUUAUUAUUGUUGUUGUUGUUGUUGUUGUUGUUAUAAAUGCAUGCAGCGUAACAAAUGUGUAACAAAUGUGCUGAGGGAUCAGUGAUCUGACUUCCCCAACAAAAACAAUAAAGCAGCAGGAGAAAAGAA